AUGUCAGGCUUUCUUGACAGUAUGCGGUGCUCAGAGUGCAUUGACUGGGGUGAGAAGAGGAACAUGAUAGCAUCUGUUGCAGCUGGAGUCCUAUUUUUCACAGGCUGGUGGAUUAUCAUUGAUGCCGCUGUUAAUUAUCCUUCUCAAGAACAACUGAAUCACUCUUACCAUGCUUGUGGUGUUUAUAGCAACUGUAGCUUUCCUUAUGAUUAAUGCAGUGUCUAAUGGACAGGUUCGUGGUGAUAGCUACAGUGAGGGCUGUUUUGGGCAAAUAGGUGCCCGUGUUUGGCUAUUCAUUGGUUUCAUGUUGUCCUUUGGAUCUCUGAUAGCAUCCAUGUGGAUAUUAUUUGGUGGUUAUGUUGCAAAAGGUAUCCCAGAAGUGUAUCCUGGUAUUGCUGUGUGUUUUUUCAAAAUACUUUUAUUUUCUCUUGGGGGCUUGUGUUCAAAUUUGGUCGGACUGAAGAUUUAUGGCAAU